AUGGCCAGCGAGAUAAUCAUCUUCGGGCGAUCGUAUUAUUAUGGUGUUCUUCUGAGCAUGGCAUUCUAUGUACUAUGCUGUGACAAACGCCGAGGACAGAACAGAUAUCUUUACGUCCUCUAUGGGUUCCUUUUGCUUAUCGUGACUAUGAUCGGUGCCAUGACGACUACUGUCGUUGGACAGUUUGCAUUUGUCGACGAUGCUUCCGCCUUCGGACCAGCUCUUUACCUUUUGGAGCACUACAGCGGGUAUUUAGGUAUCCUGGACAUGGCCAUGAUGAUUAUCUCGGACUUCAUGGUCAACGUACUCACUCUCACGAGUCCCUGUUAUUGCCUUGCCGGCAGUACUACUGUUGGCCGUGGAAGAUCUUCCAGUAACCAGAGAGGGUUUUUCAGCAAUACAGCACUGGCAGAGAAACUGGGGCUCGUUUGGUUCACACUCAGCAUCGUGUUCAACAACGUCGUCACCGUAAUGAUCUGCACCAAACUCUUUAUGGCAAAGGGAGAAAUGGAUAAGGUCUCUCCAACGCUUUCUAAAAUGUACACUGGAUUGGUUGCUAUCAUCACUGAAUCUGCUGCGAUGACGAGUAUUUCCGGCAUUGUUUUCUUGGUCCUUUAUGGGCUGGAGAAUUCAAUGUUGGACGUGUUUUCAAACAUCUGGGCGGGAUUCUCUACUAUGUCGCCACACCUUAUCAUCCUUCGAGUCGCCAUGGGCACUGCGUGGUCCUCCCAAACCGCUGCGGAUGUAUCCGAACAAAGUGUGCACAGCGUGUUCAUCGCAAACCCUAGGCCCACUGCACGAAAUCUGGACGAUGAAGACGUCAUCGAGCUUCCGCGCAGGACCAAGUUGACAUAUCAAUUAUCAGCUGACCGAAGAAGGGAGCAAGUUGCUCCUGUAUUCGAGAACAGUCUCAAGGCGCCUUGCAUGACUGUCGCCUGA